UAACCAUACUUAACGAUUUGAACCAUUUCACACGACUAAAUCAACAGUGAAAAAAAAAGGAGGAAACAACAGAAAUAAAAUAAAUAUUUUGAGGACAAAUCAAUAUUUGUUAGCACUCUGUCAACAAUAGUUAAUCUCUCUUCAACUAUUUGAUGAUAUAAACUAUUGGAUCUCAUAUAGGUUUGAUUCAUCCAUUGUUCAGCUCCACUCCACUGCUCUUGUUCAUUCUAAUUGGAUUCAUCAGUACUCACUUACCUACCCAUUCAUAUAUAUACUUCUUCUUUUUUUUAAGUUUUGCUACAUUUAGCUUGUGAUUUGAACACUUUCAACAACUCAAGUUAUCCAUUUACCACCAAUUGUUCAAUUCCUUUUACUUAUAUCGGCUAAAGUUAUAGACUCAUACCUGGGAUUAAUCAUCAUAUCUUCAUUUUUCAAUAUCAUAAUAAUUAUUACCCACCAUGUCCAUAGAUCAAGAACCAACAACUACUAAAUCAUCAUCUUCUACUUCGAUCAAGAAGAAAGUAGAAGUUAGAGAAAUCUUCUUCUAUAUCCCCAACUUGAUUGGAUACUUCAGAAUCAUAACUGCCAUUCUUUCCUUCCUAUUCAUGAAUAAUCAUCCUGUAUUAACGUUAUUCUUUUACGGUAUAUCCGGAUUCCUCGAUGCCUUUGAUGGAUAUGCUGCUCGUAAAUAUAAUCAAGGUACAAGAUUCGGUGCUGUGUUGGAUAUGGUUACUGAUAGAUGUGCCACUUCUUCAUUGAUUGUUUAUUUAGCUACCAUAUAUCCUAAUUAUACUAUAUUAUGGCAAUUAUUAGUAUCAUUGGAUUUGGCUUCUCAUUAUAUGCAUAUGUAUGCUAUGCAAAGUAGUGGUUCAACAUCUCAUAAAAAUGUCGAUUCAAAACAAUCUUAUGUAUUAUCAUUAUAUUAUACUAAUCGUACUGUUCUUUUCGUGGUUUGUUUAUUAAAUGAAUUAUUUUAUGUCGCUAUUUAUUUACAUUAUUAUAAUUAUUUUUGGUUAGGGACGUUAUUAGCAUGGUUAUCCGCUCCAGUAUGGUUAUUUAAACAAUUUGCUAAUGUAAUUCAAUUGAAUGGAGCUUCUCUUAUCUUAGCAAGAAUGGAUGCUGACGAUAAAUCAAAAUAGAUUUAAUUUUGAAUCUGAAAUUUCUUUGAAGGGCCUCACAAAACAUUUUUAUUUUAUUUAACUUAUUUAUUACCAUCUAAUCAUCUUUCAUAGUUAUCAUUUCAAUCAAUGCCCUCCUUACUUCCCUUGCU